AUGGCUAAAAACUCACUCUCUUUAGAGACUAUGAAAAUUUUGAUGAAAGCGUCCAAUGAGAAUACUAUGGCUGUAAUGAUCAUGACAAUUUCGAAGUGUCCAGAGUUCGGUGAAAUACAGCUAAGAAAAGGCGAAAAGAAAGAUUUAAAUAAUUUAAAUCAAAGUAAAGGUCCCCAGUCUAUUCGUCUUAUUCAAGCAACUUUUGAUAGCAUUGCCAUUCCAAAUUAUUUGGCUGCUGAAACCGCGACCAUACUUCAGACUGGUCGUAGGCUAGCUAAAGGCAACAAAUAUGCCGCAGCUCUAGUCAAAGCAGGAUUAAUAAAACUCGAUUUAAUUGCAAGUGCAAAUCCAAGUAAAAUUGAGGCUUUAUUAAGCAGACGUCCGCCUUUCGGAAAUCAGAUUUGUGAUGCUGCAGCUACUUUUCCUAGAUUCGCAAUAGACGUCAAACAGAAAAUCGACUCCCACAAAGAAAGAUCCUGUUUGACACUAAGUAUCACGGUACUUAAUGCCAAAACGUUACAGCGAUUAAACAGAAACGGAAUAGUACCUAGCACUACUUUACUGGUUAUUGGAAUUGGUUUAGAUAUCCAUAAAAGAAUGAAGUUGGCACAUGCUUUUCAAAUGAGUCAACCUAAUUGUAAUGGAAAAAAUUUUCAGACGGAAGAGACCUUGCUGGCAAUGUCUUCCAAUCAGUUGGAGAAAAUACUAUCAAACAACUCUUCCGAAUCAAAGGAAAUCCUUGAUAUUAAAGGUACUACUUUAAUCAUUUUACUGAAAAUCUUGAUGUUGGCUGAUAAAUCAUUAUAUUUGAAUAUUACGAUAAUUAGGGAACAAAACCAGGCACAAGAGGUUUCACCUUAUGGCAAAUCUGAGAAUUAUAAAAAUGUUGUAACGUGUCAAAGUCUUGAAUUUCAAAAAUAUCACAUCGAACAGGAGGAUCACGGAUCAUGCUUUACUAACUUACAUCAGAUGUAUGAAGCUAUGGAUUAA